GAUAAGUCCGCGGUACCAUUGUCGACAAUUGUUUUGUUUUGUUUUGUUCCGUGGUCGAAAAACAAAGAAAUUGCACAAAAAGAUGCCCCGCCUUAUAAGCAGGCCUGAGCCUGCACCCACCUAUUCAAAUUUGGUUGGAUUCAUAUUCAUAUUUAAUCUCAUUGUUGGAACGGGCGCUUUGACUUUACCUGGAGUUUUUGCCAAAGCAGGAUGGGUGUUGAGUCUUAUAGUUAUUAUAUUGUUAGCCUCGAUAAGUUACAUGACAGUUACGUUUAUUAUUGAAGCCAUGGCUUGCGCAAAUGCCAUCAAGAAUUGGCAAACCCUUCAGGCACUACGUCACCACAGUCGAAGCUCUGCAGAAAACAGUGAGAAUGAUGAUGCUGCUGAAACACCCGACGACCACGGAUCCGAUCUUAGAGAACUCGAGCGUGUUCCAUUGACAAUUCAGAAUGCUGAAAAUCAUUAUUAUCAGCUGUCCCAUAAAUUUGAAUUGGGCGAAAUGGCGACGAUUUUUUUCAACGAGAUCGGCCGCAUUAUGUUCUUUCUGUGCCUGAUUGUUUAUCUCUAUGGAGACUUGAGUAUCUAUUCUGCUGCUGUAUCAAGGAGUCUCAGAGACGUUAUAUGUGACCAGUCAAAUGCGACAGAUGUGCUCAAUUCGAGGCAGAUGUUUUGGCCUGGAGACUUCAGAAACAAUACAGCCCAACCCUGCUGGAAGGAACACACAAUAUCGCGUUUAAGCGUUUAUAGAGUGAUUUUAAUUGGAUUCACUCUCAUUUUCGGGCCAUUUGCUGCAUUUAGCAUUCAAAAAACAAAAUACUUGCAAAUUCUCACAGCCAUUUUCCGUUGGAUGGCAUUUACACUGAUGAUAUGCAUAUCGUUGAAGCUUUUGAUCUCAAGAGGACCCCGAGGGCACCCAGUAAGCUUUAAUGUGUAUGGUAUUCCCUCGUUGUUUGGCGCUUGUGUAUACUCUUUCAUGUGCCACCAUUCACUCCCCAGCCUGCUGGCGCCCCUGAAGCACAAGUUAAUGGUAUCGAAAAUACUUUCAUAUGAUUAUACGAUCAUUUGUGCUUUCUAUAUUGUUUUAGCCAUGACAGGCAUAUUUGCUUUUGAUCGAAUCGAAGAUCUUUACACACUUAACUUCCUUCCCUACGAUGUAGACUACACAGACUUUACCUCAGGUCUGUUAAUAGGCAUUGAUUAUUUUCUGGCACUUUUCCCUAUCUUCACGUUGUCCACCAGUUUUCCCAUUAUUGCGGUAACGUUGAAAAACAAUCUUCAGACACUCUUCCUGGACAUGUCGCGAUACGACUCGUAUAGUCUGUUUGUACGAAUACUCUUCCCGUUGUGUGCCAUUAUUCCACCGUUUUGUGUCACAUAUUUUACCGAGAGUUUGGCCAGUCUUGUGGCAUUCACAGGGAGCUAUGCAGGGACUGGAAUACAAUACAUUAUCCCAGUCUUGGUUUAUUUCGCACGACGCACUUGCUCAGAACUACUGGGAAGUGGUAUAGUUAAUAGUUUCGAAAGUCCUUUCAAAUCAAGUGCUUGGCUCAUUUUCGUUAUUGUUUGGUCUAUUUUAUGCGUCUGUUUGGUAACCGUUAAUAUGAUCAGUUAAACGGGAUUCUUUCAGUGCGACCAAUUAACUGGUUGAGACAUUCACCUCUAGAAGUUUUAAGAAAAUACAUUUAAGUGAAACAAAUUUCUUAAACAAAAUUGUACUCGAUCUUCGUAUGUAGGUUUGUAUCUAACAUUUAUUUAUGUAAGUCAAGUAUUGCAAUUGGCUGUGAAAUAAACGAUUUUAUUUUCGAUUAUAUUAUCCAUAA